UCUUCAUCUGAGUCGGAUAAGAGAAACUCAGAGGCACCCUCUUCGUCUUCCUCUAUAUAAUCCAACUCCAGGACAUCCUCCGCGAGCGGAACCACGGUGAGGUCCAGCUGGGAGCCCCAGCUAGCCUCAGCACAAGGCUCAGCCUCCGCGGCGGCUUCCUCCAUGUCUCGGUUGCCGGCCGGCACAUCGCCAGACAUGAAAGGAUCUCCUCCCGACAGGCUAGCUUGGCGCGCUGUGUGUCUACAGAAGGUCCAGUUGUGAUUGUGACGACCCCUCCACACCGCGUGGGGUGCCGUCUGGUUGUGUGUGUGUUUUGUGUGUGAUUGCAGGUUCCAGCUGCAGCUGUUUGAUGAGGCGCACCUGCCGGAUGAGCUACACCUGUUGAAACAGGAUAUAGGAGGAGCCAGCCGGUUACGUUUUCGCGGACUCCUGUGGGCACUCUCUCCGUGCCAGCCUCGGGGACUGGUUCUGUCAUUACUUUGUUUAUAAGAGAAUAAACAAUUGCUAUUUUCUUACCUUUCGUCUCGCCUCCCUGCUUUUUGUUGCAGCCCAGGAGCCGGGUUGUAACAGAUGGGGGCUCGUUGCUUUGGACCUGGAAAGCGUGUGUAACUGGAUGUCCGUUGUGGGGACGGAUUUUGCGCAGCUGCUGUUGUCGCUGGGUGCGGCUGGUUGUUUUGGGAGUAGCGUUGCGGGGGCCCCGCCCACUCGAUCGGAUCGGCGAUCGGUAUCGGCCGAUACUGAUUCCGGCGAUCGGUGAUCGGCCCCGAAAUUGGCGAUCGGAGCAUCCCUUGUGCUAACGCACAGGGGCGGUCGCGACUUCAGGGUCCAGGAUGGAGCUGGUAUGUAUCGUGCAGGGAGAUGGGAAGAGAAAGCAAAUCCGCACUGGGUUGAGCGUGAGAUGCGAGGUCAGCCACAUGGUGAUUCGGAAAUCUGUCAUUUCUGCAGGGAGAGAGUGCACUGGAAGGCUGACUGUCCCAAAGCUAAGGCUAGCAGGGGGAACUGUGUAGGCCAGUUUAACUCUGCUGCUUGUGCUGUGUCUGUGGUACCCUUACCUGUCAUCUCUCCCUGUCAGCAGAUUAAUGAGCCAUCCGGGUGGAAGGACCCACCGUUUUCUGCAUUUGUGUAAACCGGAUACGUGUCAUUGGUGGGAAGUGAUGUCAGCGUCCCGGUAAAGAUUUUGAGAGACACUGCAUCGUAUGACUCAUACAUUCUGAGCUCUGUGUUGCCGUUUUCGGACCAAUCUGGAACUGGGGAUUUUGUCCGGAUGGGAAUGAAUGUUGUGCCUGUUCCUCUGCAUUCUGUUGUGCUUAACUCAGGUCUGGUGCAGGGUGAGGUCGCCAUGGGGGUCCGUCCUGUAAUGCCAAUUGGUGGUGUGGAUGUUAUCCUGGGUAACGGCCUGGCUGGCAGCCGUGUGUGGGCUGAGGGUCCACCGCCUACCAUGCAGUCAUCUUCACCUACUGGGAUUGUUAAGGCAGAGGAGAAUGCCAAGUGCUCUCCUGCAGUGUUUGUAGCUUGUCCUGGGACACGGGCUGUGAGCCAUGCACAGGAGGAAUCUGAACAGGGUGAAGAGGUCAGUGCGAGAGAUUCUGUGGUUAUUCCUGACUUGUUGUUGUCGGUAUCCCGCAGUGAGUUGGUGAUGGAGCAGAAAGCGGAUGUCUCCCUCAGUCCGUUUUUUGAGGCGGUUCUCUCCACCGAGGAUGGAAAUGGUGUCACCAGGGGUUGUCAGCUGCAUGGGGGAGUGCUGGUCAGAAAGUGGUGGUCAAGUGGGAAAGGCUUCAUUGGUGGGCCAGUGCAUCAGAUUGUGGUUCCUGUCAGGUUUCGCGAGGAGGUCCUCAGAAAAGCGCAUGGGCAGUCGGGACAUCUGGGUGUGGUUACCUGUUGCGGUAUUUCUUUUGGCCUGGUUUGAGGAAAGAUGUGUCUCGGCAUGUUGGAUCAUGUCACGCGUGUCGGACGGGUGGGCCAGUUCGGCAGCGACCUGGGGGUCAGGUCUUGGGUUUGUUGCCGGGGGCUAGGUUGCGGUUUCUGGAGGGACAUUCCGGGUUCCUCCAGGGGCUGGGUCAAGGGACUGGCCAGAGUGGUUUUCUGUCAUCGCCGUAAUAUCGGAGAAGUGCCAAAUUGGGUAAUUAACGGUGUUCUUAGGGGAACUCCUUACUUAUGGGGGGGGAGUGUGACGACCCCUCCACACCGCGUGGGGUGCCGUCUGGUUGUGUGUGUGUUUUGUGUGUGAUUGCAGGUUCCAGCUGCAGCUGUUUGAUGAGGCGCACCUGCCGGAUGAGCUACACCUGUUGAAACAGGAUAUAGGAGGAGCCAGCCGGUUACGUUUUCUCGGACUCCUCUGGGCACUCUCUCCGUGCCAGCCUCGGGGACUGGUUCUGUCAUUACUUUGUUUAUAAGAGAAUAAACAAUUGCUAUUUUCUUA